AUGGCCGCCGCGCCCGACGAACGAAAUCAGGAGAGGCCGCCGAGGCCUGCGACGUCGCCGGCGAGCGUAGCGGCGGACUUCGCCAUGGGCGGCGCGGCCGCCGUGGUGGCCAAGACGGGGGCCGCGCCGGUCGAGCGCGUCAAGCUGCUGCUCCAGAACCAGGCCGAGAUGCUGCGCCGGGGCACCCUCACGCGCCCCUACAAGGGCAUCGCCGACGCCUUCGCCCGCGUCCUCCGCGAGGAGGGCCCCGCCGCUCUGUGGCGCGGCAACCAGGCCAACGUCAUCCGCUACUUCCCCACCCAGGCUUUUAACUUUGCAUUCAGGGGCUACUUCAAAAGCUUCUUUGGCUAUGACAGGGAGAAAGACGGAAACUGGAAGUGGUUAGCAGGAAAUGUAGCCUCUGGCAGUGCUGCAGGAGCUACAACAUCAUUGCUGCUAUACCAUCUAGAUUAUGCAAGAACAAGGCUAGCUACUGAUACAAUUGAAUCACGGGGAACCAAACGCCAGUUCAGGGGGUUGCUGGAUGUUUACAAGAAGACACUUACAACCGAUGGCAUGUCUGGACUAUAUCGAGGUUUCAGUGUGUCUAUUAUGGGAAUCACCUUGUACCGGGGUCUAUAUUUUGGUAUCUAUGAUAGCAUGAAGCCUCUAGUUCUAGUAGGCCCAUUGGAGGGGAAUUUCUUCGCCAGUUUUGCCUUGGGCUGGGCAAUAACUACAUUCUCUGGGGCCUGUGCCUAUCCAUUCGACACGGUCCGUCGUAGAAUGAUGUUGACCUCAGGACAACCAUUUAAAUACAAGAACGGUUUCCAUGCAGUAAAACUGAUAGUUUCAACCGAAGGGUUCUUCACAUUAUUCAGAGGUGUUGGUGCAAAUAUUCUCUCAGGGAUAGCAGGAGCUGGAGUUCUUUCUGGGUACGAUCAACUCCAACAGUUGAUCCUUGGUCGAAGUCCAGAUCAUUCAAAUGGGAUGCACAAGCAAGAAUCCCUGAGCCUGAUGAAGUUCACAAAAAUUAUUGGGGAAAGAAAAAGGAAAAAUUUUCCUGGAGAUUUUUCUCACAAGGAAGGAGAUGGAGUCAUUGCAACAAAAGAUAACUCUUGGGCAUCCGACCUUUUUCGAAGAGACAGGAUUCAAGUGGAUUUCGCAUCCAAUAAUCUGUCAGUCACUCAAAAGAGGAGUAAAGGAGCCUUUAAUCCCCAUCUAUCUCCGAUUCUGAUCAUCGCCGCUCGCUGGAGAGCUGAGUAA